AUGGCGUCAUCCGCCACAAACAACGGCUAUCCCGUGCUCGCCUCUUCCCUCGAACCAUACCUCCCAAACACGCAUGGAGGACACGGUACAGACGACCAAGCCCACUCCAUUGAUGGGAUAGAGGAGAGUGAUUCGGGGCGUACUUUGCAUCACAACUCGAGGGGAGGGUUGUCCGACGAGAAUAAACUUGGGGUCUUUCAAUCAAGCAGAGCGGGCGACUUUCAAUCCCCAGAGGGCAAAGCGGCUAACAAUCUGGGGCCUGCGGAGGGUACGGCUGCUGCUGCUGCCCCACAAGGACAGAAACCAAUGAAGAAGUUUGCGUACAGUUGUGCCACCGUUAUCAUCGCCACAAUUGUCAUUUGGUUAUGUCUGCCUGUUUACUGGGGUUCUUUGUGGAAAGCCAACAAGUAUACCGACAAGCUCACCGUCCUUAUCGUCAACUGUGAUUCUGGGACCGUCGGAAACACCGUCACCAGCACUCUCCUCAACCUCACCAACCUCAACUACUUUACCACUCCCGCCUCCGAGUUUGCCACCAAUGAAGAUGUGGCGAACGAUGUUAUCGAGGAAGGUGUCUGGGCCGCCAUCGUCAUCAAUGAGGGUGUCUCUGACAGGCUCGUAUCGGCGAGGCAGAAUGGAUUGUCCACCUGGUGCGGGUCAGGUACGAUUGAGGUGUACUAUGCGCAAAGACGUCAAGAGACAGCGAUUAACAGCUACAUGUUGCCCCACAUCUAG